UAAAUUCGUCAAAAAAAUACGCGUGUAAUAACACCUCUCCUUUCACAUUCUUGUUUUCUUCUUCAGAGAGAUAUUACAGAAUAGAAGAAAAUUUGCGUGGAACAAUCAACCAACAACACUGCAAUGAAGGCCAUUGUAAUAACCUCACCAGGUGGACCUGAAGUUCUUCAACUCCAAGAUGUCGAAGACCCUCAAAUCAAAGACGAUGAAGUCCUCAUCAAAGUCCAUGCCACUGCCCUUAACAGAGCUGAUACCCUUCAGAGGAAAGGUGGCUACCCUCCCCCUCAAGGUGCAAGCCCUUACCCAGGUCUUGAAUGUUCUGGAGUCAUUGAAUCCGUUGGUAAAAACGUUUCCAAGUGGAAAAUUGGCGAUCAGGUAUGUGCUCUUUUAUCUGGUGGUGGAUAUGCUGAGAAAGUAGCUGUUCCUGAAGGACAAGUUCUUCCGAUUCCGUCUGGGAUUUCUCUCAAGGAUGCGACUAGUUUUCCUGAGGUUGCAUGUACUGUGUGGUCGACUAUUUUUAUGAUGAGCCGGUUAUCUAAAGGGGAAACCUUGUUGAUUCAUGGAGGUUCAAGUGGAAUCGGCACAUUCGCAAUUCAGAUAGCUAAAUACAUAGGAGCGAAAGUAUUUGUUACUGCAGGUAGUGAAGAGAAGCUAGCUUUUUGCAAGAGUAUUGGAGCUGAUGUCGGUAUCAAUUACAAAACCGAGGACUUUGUUGCAAGGGUGAAGGAAGAAACUGGUGGUCAAGGUGUCGAUGUUAUUCUUGAUUGUAUGGGAGCAUCCUACUUUCAAAGAAAUCUUGAUAGCUUAAAUUUCGAUGGAAGGCUUUUUAUAAUCGGCUUUCAAGGGGGUGUUACUACACAGGCCGAUCUACGUGCUAUACUUGGCAAGCGUCUCACUGUACAAGGGGCUGGCUUGCGUAGUAGAAGUCCUGAAAAUAAAGCUGUGAUCAUUAGUGAGGUGGAGAAGAAUGUUUGGCCAGCAAUUGCAGAAGGAAAGGUUAAGCCUGUGAUCUACAAAACUUUCCCUCUGUCUGAAGCUGCUGAGGCGCACCGGCUUAUGGAAAGCAGUCAGCAUAUUGGAAAGAUAUUGCUCCUGCCAUGAAAAACACUCGUCAGAUGCACGUGACAUAAAAUACUUUUGGAUCAUUUGAGUUUAGACCAUUGUGUUAAAUAAAGUUGUGGUUUACAAUUACAUUGAAAUGUGUAAGUUAAUUUGCGAACUAAGAGGAUAAUAUUUUAACUUCUUUCUUCUAUUUUGGUUUC